AUGCGCGAGAUUCUGUCGCUCCAUCUGGGCCAGGGCGGGAUCCAGACCGGCAACGCCUGCUGGGAGCUCUACUGUCUCGAGCACGGGAUCCAGCCCGAUGGCACGAUGCCAAGUGACACGUCCAUUGGCAGUGGCGACGACUCGUUUUCGACGUUUUUUGCCGAGACAGGUACGGGCAAACACGUGCCACGCGCGGUGUUUGUGGACCUCGAAGCGACGGUCUGUGACGAGGUACGCACGGGGACGUACCGCCAGUUGUACCACCCCGAGCAGAUCAUUUCGGGCAAAGAAGACGCAGCGAACAACUAUGCGCGAGGACACUAUACAAUCGGCAAGGAAUACGUGGAUCUAGUGCUCGAUCGCGUGCGGAAACUCGCUGAUGCGUGCACCGGUCUCCAGGGCUUUAUGGUAUUUAACGCCGUAGGAGGCGGUACUGGCUCGGGGCUCGGCUCGCUACUGCUCGAGCGGCUCUCGGUCGACUAUGGCCGCAAGAGCAAACUCGGGUUUACCAUUUACCCGUCGCCGCUCGUGUCGUCCGCGGUCGUGGAGCCUUACAACUCAGUGCUGUCCACGCACGCGCUGCUCGAGCACACGGACGUGGCUGUGAUGCUCGACAAUGAAGCCAUCUACGACAUCUGCCGUCGCUCGCUUGAUAUUGAACGGCCGUCAUAUACCAACCUGAAUCGCCUGAUCGCUCAGGUGAUUUCGUCCUUGACGACGUCGCUGCGCUUUGACGGAUCACUGAAUGUGGACAUUAAUGAGUUCCAGACGAACUUGGUGCCGUACCCACGCAUCCACUUUAUGCUGAGCUCGUACGCACCCGUGAUUUCAGCUGAGAAGGCGUUCCACGAACAGCUGUCCGUGGCCGAGAUCACUAACAGCGCGUUUGAGCCCACGUCGAUGAUGGCGAAAUGCGACCCGCGUCACGGCAAGUACAUGGCCACGUGUCUCAUGUACCGAGGCGACGUGGUCCCCAAGGACGUAAAUGCUGCAGUGGCGACGAUCAAGACGAAGCGCACGAUUCAGUUUGUCGACUGGUGUCCGACUGGUUUCAAGUGCGGCAUCAACUACCAGCCGCCAUCGGUGGUGCCAGGUGGCGAUCUUGCUCGCGUGCAGCGUGCAGUGUGCAUGAUCUCCAACACAAGCGCUAUCGCUGAGGUGUUCUCCCGUAUCAACCACAAGUUUGACUUGAUGUAUGCCAAGCGUGCGUUCGUGCACUGGUUUGUGGGCGAAGGUAUGGAAGAAGGCGAGUUCUCCGAGGCUCGUGAGGACCUUGCGGCGCUCGAGAAGGACUACGAGGAGGUAUCGGCCGAGACUGCCGAGGGUGACGAUGAGGCAUUCGGUGAAGAGUACUAG